AUUUUUUUUUUUAAUGAAGAGACGAAGCGUCGAGGUGACAACAUUUUCUUCUCCUUAAUUCCUCGCAUUUGGCUCUCUCUUUCUCUCUCUCUCUCCGAAUAAUAAUAAUAAUAACAAUACAUAGACAUAUACAGCUAAAUAUUGUAUUUUGUACCUCAGUUUUCAUUUCACCAGAACUCAAGAUGGGGACAUGGACGGAAGAUCAAGAGAAAGUGCUCACUGCAUUUUGUCCUGAUGAUCAGUGUAGAGCCAGCCUGUUCUUUGAUGAGUCCAGCGAGACAGUUGAAUGCCUGUUAUGUGGUCAGUUUCACGAAAAGCACACAUUAAAAGAUGUCAGGAAGGUUUCCGAUUUAAGUGAAGUUUUGAAAUUCCUUCGACCAAUGCUUCAGGAGAAACGCACGGAGGAGACGAAAGUCAUGGGUAUUUCCAAUUACGUAUGUAAGCUACUGUCUCCCCUUUUCACACAAUAUGGAUUGGACCGGAAUACACAGAAGGCAAAACUGUUAAGUGAAAUGGGUCAUGGAAACACGUUCAAUUGCAGCCGUCUCAGCUCCCAUGCAUUUCACAUUGACCCCGCCCAUUUAAACAUACCAUAUUAUGGUACUGACUGCUCCGGAAGUCUCACUUACCUCAGUGAAACACUGAGUAUUAUCAAAGCUGCGAAUGACAACGAAGAAAGACUAGUCCCCAUUCACACUGACGGAGACGGCCACUGCCUGGUCUAUGCUAUCUCUCGGGCCCUGAUUGGCAGAGAACUGUUUUGGCAUGCCCUCCGAGAAAACCUUCGCUGUCACUUUCUAGAAAAGCUGGAAGUUUAUAAAAUGCAUUUUGAAGACUUCAUUCAUCCCCUUGAGUGGCAGGAAAUCAUUGCUGAGUGUGAACCAAACUUUGUUCCCCUUGAUGGUGAACCCCUCGGAUUGAGGAAUAUUCAUAUUUUUGGACUUGCGAAUGUUUUGAAAAGACCAAUUAUUCUUUUAGAUUCCAUCAUUGGAAUCAGAAGCUCAGGUGACUACUCAGGGGUUUUUCUUCCAGCUUUCUGUGAUCCCAGUGAAUGCCGGGGCAAAGACAGUAAGCUGAACAAACCUUUAUGUAUAGCCUGGAACAGCCAAGGACGAAACCAUUACAUUCCUCUUGUGGGGAUUCAAGGAAAAUCUCUUGCCCGCCUACCAAAGACUCUUUUGCAGAAGGCAUGGGGCAUGCCCAAUCAUCUGAUCUCUGAUUACAUAGAGUUUGAUGAAAAUGCCUGUUGUAUUGUCGGGGGUGAUAAACCUCUUUCGGAAAAAUAUAUUCAACAAUUAGUGACGGCAAUGAAGAAAGUGUAUCAGGAGGUCCAUAGUAUUAACCCAUGUUUGGUGGCAGAUGUAUUCCGGUUCAUAUUUAAAAAAUCUGGUGUUGUGGGUGUCAAGCCAGAUACGGUUAUCCAGACAGCUAAAAUACUAAUCCAAGAUCGUCAUCUCUAUCGGUGUAUCAACUGUGAAGCUUUGUGUGAAUUCCAUACAGUGAAAAAGCCAUUAGGUGAUUUGAGCCAUUCCUCUGAAUCAGCUAGAAGCAACCAGCAAUUCCCGUUCCAUGAUGAAAGAAAAGAUGUCCAACCUACAAUAAUUUGUUCAUGUCAACAUAAUGUUCUUCCACGCUACAGCAUAAAAGAUACCGUUUUCCCCAGACAGCCGUUUUGUUCUCAUUGUAAAUCACGACAUGUCCGCUUGGUGGACAGUGAUGGUACCAUCCAUUUUCUGAAUGCUGACCGUACAAUGUCAAAGUCCAGUCGGAGUAAAUGUGGCUACAGACACUACUGGAAUGGCAGAGAAUAUGACCACCUCCCUGAGAUAUUCACAAUCCCUUUGAAGUGCAAACAAAGAACGGUAAAUGCCACAGUGGAAUGGUUUCAACAAGAAUCAGACAGCUCUUACAACAGUAACGCUUUCCAAGUUGCCGAAGAAAUCUUACAGAAACAUUUCCCCGGUGAGUUCCUAAGUAAGCUCCUGAUUCAAUACGUUGCCGACCAGCUUCUACAGAUCACUGCUGACAUCAAUAACCGGAAGUCACUGAAUGACGGCAGUGGUUCCCCAAAGAGGAAGUCUACAGCCACUUGCGGUAGCGGUACAUUCAAUGGUUCUAAUCCUACAACAGCCAGCAGCUGCAGUAGUAGUAGUGGUGGUAGUGGUAGUGGUGUUGGAAGUACUGGUUCACCAAAACGGAGAUCUGCAACCACUGGCGAAGGCGGUGUUGGCACAGGGGACGGUACAAGUCAGAGCAGUUCUGUACAUAAUCAACAAAAAUUCCAAAGUGGUUCUGUUCAGCAAAAGAAUAAAGAAAAACAACGGAGUACGGAAGUGGUGCUACCCAGCCAAGAUAUGACUGCAGACCCGAUGGAUGUAUCAAAGGACCUUUGGAAAUUUUCCCAAGAAAACCCACAACACUUUAGCAAUGGUGGGCUGUUUUAUUGUCAACUGAAGCAAGAGAAAGACUUUGUAAACGGCUCACAUUUCAGUAUUCCUGCUUUACCUGGCAAGGUAUUCGUUUAUAAUUCUGCUGAUGACAGACUGGAUAUAUGCCUGAGACCGUACGGGCAUUUUUCUGUUGAGCCAGGUGUAGAAGAGAAAGCCAGGAGCACAAAACCGCACCUAUACUUCAACUGUGAAUAUCCAAAACCUGCUCUCUCCAGCACAAACUUUCGACGUAGCAAGAAAUCGGCCCCGUCGUCUGAAGCAGACCACUCUUCGAAGUUGUUCCACUGCAAGGACUCCAUGACUUCAGAUAAGAAAGGGGACUUAACUGAGGGGAAAGAGAGCAAUAAGAAGCCAGCAGCGCUGCCCAAGACCAGCUACAGCAAGAGCGAACACCCAACGUAUCAGAGACUAGGGCCAGGUUUCAGUGUAUUGGGUGCCGAACAUUCAAAUGUGACCAAUCAUAGUUUAGAAUUGCUCCACACACUUGCAAAGAACAUUGACCCGGCUAUCUUUGACCAACUGAAGGAUUCUGAGGUUGAAAAGAAUCAGGUGGAUGAUGAUGAUGAUGACAAUGAUGACCUAUCCUCAUGUGGCAACAGCGAAGAUAUGGACAUAUAAAUAGACAACAAAGCCAAUCUGAUAAACACCAUGUCCUCUUCUAUCCCCGACCUUGCAACCAUUCCACCUCUAUCAACCCCCCCUUCCCCAACCCCCACCAUCCCGCACGUUAUAUAUAUUUUCAUCUCAGUAGACUUUAAAUAUCGCCAAUGGUAAAAUCGUUAAUUAUUUUGCUCUUCGAAAACCUAAUUAAGCCUCUAAUUAUUAUUAUUAUUAUUACACUUCUACUUUUGUACCCAGCUUCAGAAAUGAGUUGGGUGUGGGAUUUUCUUUUCUCUCUUUCUUUCUUUCUUUUUUUUUCUUCCUAAAAUGGCUGUGAUUUUGUUUAAGACAAUAACAACAACAACAAACAAUUUGCAAUGUUCUUUGCAAAACUUGACAGAGAUUCUAUUUUUCUAUUUA